AUGGAGUACAGUCGCUCUAUGGAGACGGCGUCGGAGAAGAAGAUGACGACGGGGAAUAUGGAAAGAGCGGCGGAGGGAGGAGCCAAAAGCUCCUUCAACACGGCGGAGACGAUACUCCGGGUGUUGUCUAUGGGGCUUUGUCUAGCGGCGCUGGUGGUAAUGCUCAAAAACACCGAGUCAUCUAGCGAGUACGGCUCCGUCUCCUAUCGGGACCUUAGCGGCUUCAGGUGACCACAGAGAAAACCCCCAGCUGUGCUAUGGAUUUUAGCGAGAACCUUAGUUCUUCCCACGUUUCUUUUCCUGCUUUCUCCCGAUUCCAUCAUCUCGCCGAACGCAGGUACCUGGUGUAUGCGAACGGCAUCUGCGCCGCCUACUCCCUGCUUUCGGCCUUCUACACCACUAAAGCUCCCCGGCCGGCGAAUCCUGCCCGUGCGUGGACCCUCUUCUUCUGCGAUCAGGUAAACUCGGACGUUAGCUAUCGUUCACUCGCUACCUCCCCCCCCCCCACUUCGAUCGAUUCUCAUGCAAGUGCACAAUACACAUGAACAAAAGAUGCUGACGUACGUGUUGCUCGCGGCGGCUUCGGCGGCGGCGGAGAUCCUCUAUCUGACCCACAAUGGCGACGAUCAGGUCACCUGGAGUAAGGUUUGCGACAUGUUCGGGCCCUUCUGCCGGCUGGCUGUGGCGUCCACGGGGGUCACAUUCGGGGCGGCGGCCUGUUACGUGGGCAUGUCGCUGGUGUCCUCGUACUGUCUCUUCAGCGCCUACGAUGCCCCCGUCCCUUUCCUCACCAAGGGCCUGGAGGUCGCUGUUCCCAUCCCCAGAUGA